AUGGUCGCCGCAAAGAAGCACGUUCCUAUCGUGAAGAAGCGCACGAAGCUCUUCAACCGCCACCAGUCGGACCGCUUCAUGCGCGUUGACCGAUCAUGGCGCAAACCCAAGGGUAUUGACAACCGUGUCCGCCGUCGCUUCAGGGGCAACACCCAAAUGCCCUCGAUCGGCUUCGGUUCCAACAAGAAGACCAAGUACAUGAUGCCCUCCGGCCACAAGGCUUUCCUCGUCAGCAACGUCAACGACGUCAACCUCCUGCUGAUGCACAACCGCACCUACGCUGCCGAGAUCGCCCACAACGUCUCCUCGAGAAAGCGUAUCGACAUCAUCUCCCGCGCGAAGCAGCUUGGCGUCAAGGUCACGAACCCCAAGGCCAAGGUCACCACCGAGGUUUAA